AUGGCCCGCUGCGCCGUCCUUCCUUUUCCUUUGGAUUUUAUUUUUGGCUGCAUUGAUCCUCCAUGGAGACUAGCUUGCCAGCUGACUCGCUACGCUCCCAACGGGCAACUUAAUAGUAGCGCCUGGGCUUGUGUUGGGGCGCUCCUCUUGUCCAAUGGGCGUGCGACGGUUCCUGGCUGGUGGAGCGCUCAGCGAGAGACAACGGGUUCUGAUUCACUCGUACCCAAGGAGGAUGGACCCACCAAACUAGGCCAGCUUGUUGUGAUCCACACCCUCCACGGUUCUCCCAGUUCCCCUGAAUUGAUUUCGCUGCGAGCGCAUCAUGGCUCUAUCGGAGAUGUGAUGAGGUUCAGAAGCAUGAGUGCCACAGGGACUCAAAUCAUGCUGGGCGGAUUGAAUUUUGUGGGAUAG